CAUCAAAAUAAAGGGCCCGUAUAAGCAACCUGUUGAUUUGUGUGGGUAGUCCCCCUAGCGUCAUCCGCGUCACGUUUUACCCCGACUUAUGAAUGAGAUAGCGGCGCCCGGAGAGGGGGGCACCACCGCUACUCAUUCGCCGGCCCGCGCCCAAAGCGAUCACACGUCCGUCGCGCUCCCUAACCGCAAAUCGCGUGCAGUGAAACUUCAUAAAAGUUAUUUUAUUGCAAAAACAAAUGGCCAUCGAUAGUGAAACCUGAAACUGUGUGAUUGUGUGUGUUCUGUGUACAUUAUAACCUGUGAUUCAAAUAAACUUAGUACACCCUAGCAUUGCUAGGAAUCAGUGAAAAUUGCUGGAUUUUGUUGGCCGGCGGACUGCGCCCAGGCCAGUAUGGAGAGCUACUUUGACAUCUCAAACGACCUUAAAGACGUCUGGGAUGCAGACAUUGACCCGGAGAUGGACAACGUGCUAGACGAGGACGAGAGCGACUGGCUGAUCGAGCGGGAGUCCAAGUCCGGAGUGGUACUGCACGACCGUCUCAUGACGGACGCGGCGUUGGGAGCCGUACCGAUCAAGACAGAACACUCUUACAGUCUACAUUCAGAUGGCGAAUCCGCACCACCAUCUCCACACCACACCAAAGUUGACGACAUGGAAGACGAGUGCUACCCCACCAUCCCCGCCAGCGCGUGGAGCCGGCGGCGCUCCAGCGACUCCCUCAUGGAGGUGAAGGCCGAGCCCAAGUCGGAGCCCGAGUCGCCCGCCUCGUCCUGCCCCCCCUCGCCCACCCCCGGCACGCCCGUCACACACCUCGACUACGUUAUUGACCACACAACGGGAACCAUACACAUGCCACAAGCUGUGCUGCAAAAAGUGGGCGCAGCGGGCGUGCCACAACUGCUGCUCAGUGCUGCACCAAGGCUCGCCACCUCGCUCAACUCCAACAAGUUGUCCAUCAAGGUCACAUCUAGCUCAGGAUCUGGCUUCCACCUCCCGCCGACGCCGCCGUCGUCGCUGUCGUCGUCGGACAGCGAGGGCGCGCGCUCGCCGGCGCACGACGCGCCGCCGCCCGCGCCCGCGCCGCCCCCCGCGCCGCGCCGCGCGCACCUCUACCUCUCGCACCACUCCCGCCAGCCCAUCAACACGCCGCUCAUCAGCACGCAACCGAAAGGUUCAACGGGCCAACUGGUGCUAACAGACGAAGAGAAACGCACAUUGCUCGCAGAAGGCUACCCCGUGCCCACGCGUCUACCACUCACCAAGGCCGAGGAGAAAUCACUCAAGAAAAUCAGAAGGAAAAUCAAGAACAAGAUAUCAGCACAAGAAAGCAGACGCAAAAAGAAGGAAUACAUGGACCAACUAGAGAGGAAGGUCGAAAUUCUUGUAUCUGAGAACUCCGACUACAGAAAAAGGGUAGAGACCCUGGAACAGAAGAACGCGAGUCUCCAAAGCCAACUGGCCGCCCUGCAGGCGCUCGUGACGCGGAACGCGCGCAAGUGACGUCACUGUGAAGAGGAGGGUGUCACUGUGAAGAGGGUGACGUCGCUGUGAAGAAUGUGACGUCACGCUACGCUUUCCCUAAGGCCUGCUAUAGUCUGAAUUUAUACUGUUAUGGUAUUGGUCAUAGAUUAUGAGAGGUGACGAAUGUCUUUUGAUGGCACUGUUGUUAGUUCAAACGGCGUUCUUACAAAUUCAUAUUGUCCAAGUCUGGUUUUAAAAUAAGUUUCUUUUACUUCCGUUAAUUGAAUUCCGAUUUUUUUAUGGCGCUACUUA